AUGAUAUUUACUCAACGCAACUUUACUCGAUUAAUGUUUAUGAUGAUGGCAAAAGUGUGGGGAGUAAAUGGAGGUGGAGGUGCAACUGCCCCGAUUUCCGCGUUCUCUUCAGCCUUUGUGCCACCGAUGCAUAAUAAUAUGCCUCUGAAAAAACCGCCAACGAAUCUCCACGUUCAAGCGCUUAAUUCAGGGAAAUCUUUUCCGGCUGCUCAAUCAAAACAUUCGUUUGAUAAUCCUAAAUUUGCAAUGAAGCAUAAGAAUGCUCUUGUAUCGAAUUUAGGGGAAACGAUUGGAGAAGAAAAAAAUAAAGAAGUUGUUGCCAAUCAAGAAAAAGAUAUUCGUCUACUUAAUGGCGCCGAAACGUUGCCGAUAGCAUCGCGUCGCCUUUUGUUAGAACCGAACCGAUUAAAGGCUUUUGAGUUAAGCAAAGAACCGUUGAAGACUUUUGAUCAUGCAAACGCAGAAAUGAUCAUUAGACAUGCUGUUCCGGAAGGUAUUUUUACUCAUUAA